UAGAACGCAUAUUUUGAUUAAUUACAGAUGAUAUGAGCUCUUUAUUUCAAACGCCGGUAAGAAUUUUGAGAAAACGCUUUCAAAUAUCGAUGAUUUAUUAUAUUACCCACAAUUCUCUGCGGUCAACAUAAUUUUUCCAAUAUGGAAGAUGAAAGUAAGAAGAGUCUUCCUGUUUGAUAUUGAAGAUGAAUUGAAUGCAACAGCAAUCAAGAAGCAGGUAAAAGCUAGGGCUUCGAAGCACAUAGAAUGGGAAACUAGGAGGAUGACAUUUGCAAGAAAACAGUGUUUAAGACACAUUUUAAUAAGGAAAGAAAUAUGAACUGUUAUGAUUGUCACAAUAUGGAUGUUGUAUAUGAAUAGGAGUGCUAUAUUACAAUUUCUACAGACAACUUUUCAGCAAACAAAGUACAGCAUGGGUGCUUGUAUUUGUAAAGAAAAACACGUUGCUACCAGUCGACGUUCAGUUAGAGAGACAGAGGGUAGUAAUUUGAGUCAGGGCCAACAGUCAGUUGGUCAGCGACCGGUUUCUUCCAGCAGCCGAAGGUCCCUCCCCUCACACUCACACUCCAGGAGUUCCUCCAGAGCAGGUGCAAAUGUGGAUAAAUUAGUGCUAGAGACACUUAAACUCAUCCGCACUCUGGUUGACAAUGAGCAAGGUCCUCCACAGGCAAUGCUUACACUUCACCGUGUGGCGGAGUCAGAGGAUGGCUGGCUACAAGUUGUGGAGUCUUUGGUGGUAUCUAUUCCUCUAGAUGAUCCCCUGGGUCCUGCUGUAAUUACACUUUUACUGGAUGAGUGCCCACUACCCACAAAGGAUGCUAUUUUACUGCUGUACAAGAGACUGAAGCUAUCUCCAAUUAGUCCUGCCAAGGCCUACAACUCUGUCAGCUGUCAGAGAAAUAUAGGCGUGGUUCUGGGCUGUCUUGCAGAGAAGUUGGCAGGUCCAAAUGCAAUAGAUAUUCUAACAGAUGAUGUUGUGAAGUACCUAAUAUCAAAUCUGAGUGACAAGCUAGACCCAGCUGUAAUUUUACAUUCCCUUGUGGCUCUGGAAAAGUUUGCACAAACUAGUGAAAACAAAGCCACAAUAAACAAAUGUCUACGAGAAUGUAACCCCUGUCCGCUAGAGGUCCUAGAGAAGUGGUGGCGGCAUGACAAGUACAGUUUGCGUGAAGUGGGGUUUUGUGCUCAGUGGUGCCUUGAUAAUUUAUUUGUUACUGAGAAUCGUGAAUUUUCAUACACAAAAGAAGAUUUAACCAAUAUAAAUGUGAUGUUGAAUAGUAAAGAUGUGAGUGAAUACCUGAAAAUUUCUCCAGAUGGUUUGGAGGCAAGGUGUGAUGCCUCCUCCUUUGAAAGUGUGCGCUGCACAUUCCAGGUGGAUUCUGGGAUAUGGUACUAUGAGGUCACUCUCCUAACGGACGGUGUGAUGCAGAUUGGAUGGGCUACAAAAUCCAGCAGCUUUUUAAACCAUGAAGGGUACGGUAUAGGAGAUGACGAGUACUCCAUGUCCUAUGAUGGGUGUCGGCAGCUGAUCUGGUUCAAGUCGGAGAGUCAUCCCAUAGAGAUGCCAUGCUGGAAAGCAGGGGACAUCUUGGGUCUGCUACUGAAUGUGGACAAGCACCAACUGAUCUUCUACUUGAAUGGAAAGGGACUGGACCCCCAGGAUAGCCUCUUCCAACAUGCAAGGGAGGGAUUCUUUGCAGCGGCUAGUUUUAUGUCUUAUCAACAGUGCUACUUUAAUUUCGGGGCCAAACCAUUUAGAUAUCCCCCAAAAGACAUUGAGUUUAAAAGCUUUAAUGACCACGGGAAGUUGUCAGAGGAGGACAAAGUCAUACUGCCAAGACACAUGAAGUUGGAACUGCUGAAAAAUCUGAAUGUAAAGGAAGGAGCCUGCACACUUUGUUUUGACCAAAUAGCCAAUUAUUACCUGUCUCCAUGCAAACACAGGGGAUUCUGCUAUCAAUGUACACUUCAGAUUGAAUUAUGUCCAAUUUGUCGAACAAAAAUUGAUGAGAGAAUCCAAGAAACUUUGUCUGAAGAUAACAGCAAAUCCACCCAGACACCAAAUGGUCAGAGUAAAGAUUCAAUAGUGAAUAGUGACACAGCACCAAUAAAGGUGACACUCGAUAAAAUGACAGCUAAUGGACAGACUGUGGAAGCCAUAGUGAACAAAGAACAUACCGGGCAUGUAUCAUAGCCCAGGCUUCCUGCGGGGGCCAGGGCUACUUCGAUGGUUUUAUCACCUCAACAAAAAGCUGAAUGAGUGAAUCAUGACUUUUUUAUGAAAAUCUUGUUUAUUGACUUUUUAAUGAGACUAUUUGUAGUUUUGUAACCAUACAGAGGACUUUUUGUUUCCAAUUCGUACGCUGUGAUUUUGUUGUUAGCAUUUCUUUAGUAGAAUAUUUAAUCUGUUAUUGGUAAGAGAUGCUUUUAUUUCAUCGUUGAAAAAGGUUUAUCUGAUGUUUUAGAAUGCCUAGAAAUGUUUUUUUUUCAUAAUUGUUUUUAACACUGAUUCGUAUCUUUCGUCCAAUAAUUUUUGUGGACAGUGAUUUUUUUAGUUUUAAGCCAUUGUUGUAUAUCUAUGAUGGUUCACUGAUACUUCAUACAGUGAAAAAGUACCGGUAUAUACAAGAUGGAGACCCUUAGUGUCAAGAUUGCUUUAAAAGAUCAAAGACCAGUUUCUUGGAUUUGACACUCGGUACUUUCAACAAGAAAUUAUUCAAGAAUUUCUAUGAAAUCAGUAAUAAGGAUAAAUAUUAACCUGGAUAAAUGUACUGGUACAUAAUUUUCUAUUUAAGUGAAAUCAUGGACUUUAAAAUUAUUAAUGCCAAAAUGGCUAUUAUAAUUUUUUUUUGUAUGAAAACAAAAUUUGAAACAAAUUAAUCUUAAAUCCAAACUUACACUGAGCCACACUAAGAAAACACGAAGUGAAAAAUAAGAAUUACACUGGUAAAAUUAGUAUUCAUUUUAUGAUUAAUUGAUAGAAAAUAUGGAACAAAUGGAAUUAGUGGUCUCAUUCUUUCCUUUAAAAAGACUGGUUGAUCUGUUAACCCCCAUCCCAAUUGUAAGUACAUAUGUUUACAUGUAGGCUUAAUACCGGUAUAUUUAUUAUCUGAAAAUGGCGUGAAAAUAAAGGGUGAUUGACAAUUUCAUAUUUUGAUUUUGUUGAACUAUUUUACAGCAUCCAGAAAUGUUUCUGUUAAUAUCUUCUAGAUUGUGUUGAUAAAGAGAGGGUAAAUAAAUAGUAUAUAAAUCAGAACCAGGCUAAAAAGACAACCUGCAAUAUGGCAAUGUUGGUGCUGUAGAAUUAGGUUUUUUUUGGCAUUUCAAUCAAAUCAGUAUAGUUCUGUGGGUUAUUAUUAACUUUAUUUUAAUAAAUAAAUUUAUUGUUGCAUUAUUUUACGGAAAAAAAAAUCAAAAUGAAAUUUUUGUCCGUGUGUUAUUGUGUUCGAUAUAGAUAUCAUGUAAUAUGCUGUGGUUUUUGUUUUAAUGAAUUAGCUUUUUUUUUUUCUUUUACGCAUAACCAAUUUAACAGUGUUGUGAUAUAUUAACUAGCUGUAUUUAUUAAAAAAAAUCACUAAUGUCACGUGGUUAGCAAGAUUUCUAUUUCCCUUAAACACAAAACACCAAUAUCAGCUACAGGCUCUUGUUUGUAUGGUUUAAGAUCUUUGCCUGUUACACCUUUUACUUAUUGUUAUGGACUAAUGUUUUGGAGUAUGCCUAAUUCUGUAGCAUUUCCUUAUCAUGUUCUAGUAUUCUUACUGCCUUAACAUAAAAUUACAUACAUUGCAUUAUGAAAACCCACAGCCAGUCUUGCAUAAGCUCACUGAUCAUAAACCAACUCAUUUAACUUUGCUGGUUUUCAUGGAUAUUUAAGAUAACACGCAGUUGUUUAAGCACUUACUUGAUUGGUUGGACUUUUUGCACAAAAAUGUGAAAGAGCCAAUGGGAAUAGGGCAUAAAGUUUCAAAAGAGUGGGAAAAGUUCAAAGUUAGUCAUUUCCUUGGUCAAUAAACGUUUGUGAGACUGCCCAAGGGUUUCUGGCGAUGCAUACAUUGAUGUGUGUACUACACAAGGAAAUUUCCACAUCGUUCACUCUCCAAUUCGUGUGUUUAGCCAGUCAGGAUACAUCAGUACAUCCCUUAGCCCCUUCCAUCAGGAUUUCGGACUGGGUCUGUAUUUUCUGUCUAUAUAGGUGUUUAUGUUUUAUUAUAUCUGUCCCGUAAUCGGCCCAUCCAGGAUUUUAGAUGUACAUGCAUUUGUCUAGUUUUGUUUUCUGUUGUCCAUGUGCAAUAAGCUAUACACAAUGUUAUUCUUUAUGGAAUGUUAUUGAGAAUUCAAGUCUCACUGGACAUUGGGAUUUUACCAAGAAAUCUACCAUGACUUUAUUAAUCAUAAGCUUAUCUACUAGGAUAAUUUACUGGAGAAAAAAACACAAAUUCUCAGGUAAAUGCUAAUAGUUCAGUGCUGGUUGUAACAUGCUAUAUAAAAUUGGCUAAUCACAUUUUUUAUAUGUUAUGAUAUGUUUUCUACAUUAUAAUUUGAUGUACGUACAAACCAUAAUAAAUCACAUUAAAAUUA